AACCGUUCCUCUGUUACCUGCAAAUAACGCGGUGAAAGGAUCCGAAAGAACAUGAACCAGAGAAACUCGACGAAACCCUAAUCUUACCCCACGCUUCUAUCAAUCAUCAUCAUCAUCCUCAUCUUCGUAUCUUCUCCAAUCGUUCGAAUCUGAAAUUGAUUGGGGGAAGCUAGGGUUAGCAGAUUCGCGAAAUUAGGGUUAGGGUUUUGAUUAUCGGAAAUUGAAGGCGGAGUGUUAGGGCUACGCUUCCAUGGGCCUAGCGGGAGGUUACGGCGGCGGUUUGAGUCGGUUAUGAGCGUUGACCAAUGCCAGCGGCGGGAGAAGAUGAUGGGUAGGGGAGUGGACGGAGGCUGCGGUGCUGAGGAGAGGCCUUGUAGACCAUCUCGCAGGGAUAGCAAAGGAUUCGAGGAGGAGAGGAGUUCGCGGGGAAUCGAUUUGUUAGCUCAGGCGAGCAAGCAUCUCUCCGAGAGGUCUCCGUAUGAUGUUAACGAAGAUGGCUCGAGUGUUGGUGUGAGUGUGGGGACUUUGCCUAUUGCGUUGGCUAAUUUGCUGAACCAGAAGGAUGAUAAGAAGCGGCAUAAGAAGUCUCACCAUGGGGGUGAAACGAAGAAGAAGAAGUCUUCUAGGCAAGGGGAGAAGCUGAGGGCUGGGAGCAUUUGGGUUGAGCGUCAGGAGUAUUUUAGGCGGUUAGAGUUGCCUGAUUUGGAAACUUUGUCGGAUUUAGCGUCUCUAAGGUCUUUAUCUUCUCGAGGGUGCUUUUCAGUUCCAUCUGUGGAGUAUGAGUCGAUUGAUGUACAACAGAGAGAAACUGAUGCGAGUGAAAAGAGUGAGGAUGCUGUUGGUAAAGAGGUUAACGAAGAUAUUGUGCAGCCAAUGAGUGUUGACAACGUGGGGGAUGAGGUCUCGUCAGGGGCAGACUAUUCUGGUAGUUUAGAAUGGGUUUUAGGUUGCAGAAAUAGGAUUUUGUUGGCAUCAGAAAGGCCCUCCAAGAAGCGGAGGCGUAUUGGUAGUGAUGCAGGUUUGGAGAAAUUAGUGGUUGCCGCUCCUUGCAGAGGGGAUGCAUUGUUAUGUGAUUUUUGCUGCACUGGUGAUGCUAAGGAACAUCAUAACCAGUUGAUUGUUUGCGCUUCCUGCAAAGCUACAGUUCAUAGAAAAUGCUAUGGUGUGGUUGAAGAUACGGAUGAGACUUGGUUGUGCUCUUGGUGUGAAAUGGAGAGUGGUGGUAGUGAUUCUGAAAGACCAUGCUUGCUUUGUCCGAAAAAGGGUGGCGUUCUGAAACCUGUUGUCUCAAAAACUGAGAAUGGCGGGCCGCCGGAGUUUGCUCAUCUGUUUUGUUCUUUGUGGAUGCCUGAGGUGUACAUAGAAGACUUGAAUAAAAUGGAGCCGAUCUUGAAUUUGCCUGGAAUAAAAGAAACUCGCAGGAAGUUAUUGUGUAACUUGUGCAAGGUGAAAUCUGGUGCUUGCAUUCGGUGUUGUAAUGCAACAUGCCGAACAUCUUUCCAUCCUAUAUGUGCAAGGGAGGCAGGGAAUAGGCUAGAAAUCUGGGGAAAACACGGGUGUGACACUGUUGAACUGCGAGCUUUCUGCUCUAAGCAUUCAGAUAUUCAAGAAAGUGGAAGGCCUAUAGAGGGAGGAGAAAUCAAUGCAGCCGAUAGUCGUCCUCCUGAAAGUAAUCUUCCAUCAGAAUCUGUAAGAGAUCAGCCAAGUAAUGAUGAGAUUGGAGUUGACGUAGGAACACCAGGUACACGUUCUGAUAUUUCGAGAAACAGUGAGUUGCGAGAACUUGGAUCACCGCGUUCAGAAUUUAACUUGUCUGCAACAGACAUUGUUGAAUCAGGGAUUACUGGGAGAAGCACCGAUGACGAAAAGACUCAAUCCGAGUCUCUUAGUUUUGGGUUGAUUCUGAAAAAGUUGAUCGACCUGGGGAAAGUGAAUGUGAAGGAUGUGGCUGAAGAGAUUGGGGUCAAUCCUGAUUCUUUAAAUGCCAAACUUAUGGAUGGAGACUUGUUGCCUGAUUUACUAGGCAAGAUAGUUAAAUGGCUUGGCCAGCAUGCACACAUGGGAACUAGGAACAAAGGCGAAAUUUCUAAAAGUACGAAACCUACUAAAUCUGAGCGUCGGGCUGCUAUCUGUACUGAAGACAUGGUGAUGCUAGAUUCUGACAUCUUGAAUCCGACAUGUACCCCUACUGAAAAUUGUAUUGGUAAUGGUGUUGUGGCUGAUGAAGCUAAAGCUAAUAGUCCAGUUGUGAAAAAUGGAAGCAGUGGGAAUUUGUCAUCUGAUCUUUCUUCAGAAGAACAGAAAUUAGCAGUGCUUGAUCAGGAAGGUCAUCUUGGGAAAAGUUCAGUUAAUCUUUCUGAUGAUCACGGAGAACAAUCAAAUCCCAGUUCGUCUGGACUAAUGGUGGAGAAUGCCUUUUCCUUGAGGCCAAAUAGUUGUCAAAAUCGUGGAAUUUUGAGCUGUCCAAGCCCGAUUAUCUUGGAUCUCCUUGAUCAUGAGGCAUAUCCUGGUUUCCAUCCUCAUCCUUAUAUCCACAAAGAAUUGUCAGAGAUGGACAAGGGAAAGACCCUGAAAAGCAGCACGAAUUCUUAUGUGGAUAGGAUGACAACCGAAACUGAUGGCUGUCAGUUAGCUAAAGCUAGGAAAUUGGGCAUACUAGAUCUGUCUCCCAUAGAUGAAGUGGAAGGAGAGCUUCUAUAUUAUCAACUUCAGUUACUUGGCACCGCAGUUUCAAGAAAGCAACUCUCGGACGAUCUAGCCUACGAAGUUACCAAAAAGCUGCCCCUGGAGAUUGAUGAAGAGCAUGGACGAAGAUGGGAUGAUGUUCUGGUCAACAAAUAUUUCCAUGAUGUCAGGGAAGCAAGAAAGCAAAGUAGGAAAGAGAAAAGGCACAAAGAUGCCCAGGCUGUUCUAGCUGCUGCUACUGCUGCAGCGGCAACAUCUUCUCGGAAUACAUCGCUCAGGAAAGAUAUGGCAGAAGAACCUGCUCAACAAGAGAUGAGUACUUCUAGACGUAAAGUUUCUGGCAGCGCUCAUCUAGUUCCACAGACAAAGGAAACACUUUUAAAGAUGCCUGUUUCCGGUUCACCAUCAGAGAAGCGGUCUGAUCAUCGUACACCCGACCUUUCAUCAGAAAAACCACGAAGUUGUGAUAUCUGCAGACGCUCUGAAACUAUAUGGAACCUGAUUGUAGUGUGCUCUAGUUGCAAGGUUGCUGUUCACAUGGAUUGCUACAAAUGUGCUAAAGAAUCUACUGGUCCUUGGUACUGCGAACUAUGUGCGGAAUCUACUGGUUCUUUCAAUUUUUGGGAAAACCCGUCUUCGACUACAGAGUGCAGUUUAUGUGGAGGCACAACUGGGGCUUUUAGGAAAGCCACAAACGGCCAGUGGGUGCAUGCAUUUUGUGCGGAGUGGUCUUUGGAAUCAACUUUCAGAAGGGGGCAAACAAAUCCUGUGCAGGGAAUGGAGUCACUGGCCAAGAGCACCAGUACUUGUUGUGUAUGCCAACGGAUAUAUGGUGCAUGCUUUAAGUGUAGUUAUGGCAACUGCCAGGCGACAUUCCACCCAACCUGUGCCAGAAGUGCUGGUUUUCAUAUGAUUGGUGGUGGGAAGCUUCCGCAUAAGGCUUACUGUGAGAAGCACAGCUUGGAACAGAAGGCAAAGGCCGAAUCUCAGAAACAUGGGGAAGAUGGGCUGAAAAGUCUCAAGCAUUAUAGGGUUGAACUAGAGAGGUUGCGACUUCUCUGCGAGCGGAUUGUGAAGAGGGAGAAGUUGAAACGAGAGUUGGCUAUCUCCUCACAUGAGAUACUUGCUGCUAGAAGGGACCACGCUGCACGUUCAUUUCCAGUCCGUAAUCCAUUUUCUCCUCCAGAAGUGUCUUCCGACUCAGCUACGACAUCAAUAAAAGGGCAUCCGGAUAGUAAUGUAUCUGGCAGUGAAGCGAUACAGAGGUCAGAUGAUAUCACCAUUGACAGCACAGCCUCUGUUAAGCAGCGCCGAGGCAAAGGUCCUAUUGCAAUGGAUACUGAUCAGAAAACAGACGAUAGUGCUACUUCCAAGGGUCGGAGCAAAGUACUUUCUGGGAAAACGGUUCCACGCAAACAUUGUAUAGUCUCGCCAAGUGUGUCAGAGGAUGGAGAUGAAGAAGGAUCGAAGCCCAAGAAGCAUGUAGAAACGUUUGCGAAGGAGAUUGUGAUGACAUCGGACGAAGCUUCUUUCAAGAAUCGGCGGCUGCCAAAGGGCUACUUUUACGUUCCGGUUGAUUGCUUGCAAGAAGACAAGCCAAGCAACGACAAGGCGGAGGAGGACUCGUCUGACAAGUGAAUCAACAACUACAAGGCUGCUUCUUCUUCAGGUGUGAUCUAUGUAAGCACAGGGGUUCACGUCAGUUUUGGUUGACUUACCCGUCGUACUGGAAACGUUUCCGGCCAUGGAAAUGGCGGCAUGGGGACAGCGUUGGGAUAUAAGUCCGAGAAGUUGGAGACGCAACACUUUAUGGAAGACGCACGGACGAUGAAAGCAAUCGAGACGUAGAUCAUUCGUUUGGUUUUGAAAAUUUGUAUGUUGCUUAAUAUAGUGGUUGAAUUGAUUAGCAAAGAGGAGACUAAAUAAAUAAAAAAUUAAAAAGUGAAGAAAAAUGUAUUAGUAUUUUAAAUUUGUAUGAGAAUUGACUUAAGUUUUA